ACCACUGCAUUAGACGGCCCUGAAAUAUUGUUAGAGUGGUUAACAAGUGGCUGUUCUGUUCUUAAUCGCUCCGCGGAACACAAAUUGUUCAGUGAAUAAAGAUUCUUCAAACAUGUAUUUAAACGCGAUUUGAUUCGAACAGAAAUGUUUCCUUUAAUCAUAUAUUGCUCUUAAAUUCAAGGUAAGUGUUGGUUUAUAUUAUUUUACGUUUAUACUUUUAUACUUUGUCGUAUACAUAUUACUAAAAUUAUUAUUUCGUAAUCGUAUGUAAAAACAAUGACUGUUUAAUGCGUAUUUGUGCAAUCGAAUAUUUCCAGUUUCCCUUUAAUGUUGAUAUUAUUUAUAUUAUUUGCGCUGCUUAAAGGAUAUGGAUUCAGGUAUAUUUUGUUGAGGAAAACACAUCGUUUGUUAUUUUAUAAAAUGUUCGUGUGGACGCUGUAUUUACAAUGUCUAAAUAUUUAAAUUAUUAUUAAUAUUAGAGUUGUUUAAAUUCUUUAAAAAAAAUUAUUUUCAAUAUUUAUUAACCAACAUAUGAAGUUUUUAUAGAUUUAUAAUAAUUUUUUUUGCAUCUUGUAGCAAUUUAUAUUAAUUUAUCAUCACAGUUGAAUCUGUCAUAAGAUAAUUUAUUUUAAAUGCUAUAUUAUCCUUCAUUAAUUAUUAUGCCUGUAAUAAUUUAAUUUUAUUAUGCAUCUAUAUUUUAUAAGAAAACACAAGGAAAGAAACAAUUAUAAAGGUAACGGAUUGGUUACGUGGAAUUUGGGAGAUGAGACGUCAAACUGGACCUGUUCAGCAAUGGAUAGAUUCAAUACCAUCACCUAUAAAAUCUAAUUUUUCAAUGAAAAAUGAAAAUCAAGGAGAAUCAAGUAAAAAACCUAAUAUUAUAUUGACAUCAACAGAGCCUAAGGACAUUCCAUACUCUAUGAGAACAAAAGAACAAAUAACUAUGACGAUGUCUGCACCUAUUAAUGUUCCUAACACAACAUCAAAUAAUACAAUAGGACCUACUUUACCUAGUUCAUUGCCACAUAAGUUAGUUCGAGAUCUGAGUUUACAAUCUGAUAGCAGUCACUGUAGCAGCGUAGAAAGUUUAUUAGAAUUAAGAAAAGCAGAUCCAGAAGCAAUUUUGCUGGGUCUUGGAUUUGGUGGUUGUUCAAGCAGUCCACAAGAGAAUGGUUCCUUUUCUCGUAUACCAAAAAGAUUUCUGCAGCCAUCAAAAUUAAAAGGCAUAGCUAUUAAUGAUUUUAUGAAGCAGCAACAAGAAACUAGUGAAUCUUUUGAUUCUGUAUCGUUAGGAUAUAGAGGUUUGACAGGCUCACCGUAUGUAGCGCCAUCAGAAAUUGUACAAAAGAUUAUGCAACGUUUACGAGAACACGAAAAUCAUGAACAUGAUCCACAUGCAGUGUACAAUUCGUACGAACAAUACAAUCCAUUAUAUUGUGAUAGUACAUUUUCUGUAUUAUCUCCUGAUAAUAGACAAUUUUUGGAACGACCACGUUCGAAAAGUCCUGAUAUGCGUAAUAAGCGUAUAAUUAUUGGACAACAGUCAUUUGCAUUUGGUCAUGAUGGAGAUCUAAUCGAAAUUAAUCCUUCUAACACAAAAAGAUCAUUUGAAAGUAUUCCAAGUAAUGAUUUCAACGUUGUAGAAAAUUCAGAAAUAUCUAAUGAUUUGGGUGAUAAUAAUAAUAAAAUACUUAAACAAACAACUGUUCAGGAAGUAGAGAAAAUAUUAUUAAAACGAUUAUCUUCUGACGAUGGUACAGAAUUUAAUGAGAUUGAUGUUAAUUUAUCGAUACAAAUGUUUGAAGACUGCAAAGAUGCGCAAAAUGAAUUAAAUAAAAAUAUUAAGUACAAUAAAGAUAAUUCUUCAAACAUAAUUUCAGCAAAUAUAUCCGAUAUUCGAAGAGCUAGUGAUGGAUUUUAUGAUAUGAAAAAUGGAAAAAUAUCGGUGAUAAAUAAACGAAGAUACAGCGAUGGUUUUAUGCAAACUAUUGACCGUAUUGAUGACACUACACUUGCUCGAAGAAGGAAAACUUUGAAGCGACAGACUACGAUAAACGAUACAGAUGCGGCAAACUAUUGCAAUUUAAAUGUCUGUAAGUCCGAUAUGGCGCAUUGCAAGGGAUUGGAAUAUAACUUGAAUGAAAAUUUAUGUGAUAUUUAUAAGCGAAAAAACAUUUCUACAAAAUCAAUUCGAAAUAUCGAUGAAAAAACGGGAUUUAAAAAUGGAACUAAAAAUUUUGAUGUGUAUAAAAAAUGUGUACAAAAAUUAUCUGAAAACACGCAUAGAUCAGAAGAAGACAGUUUAAUUAAAAAAAAACAAGAAUGUAACAAGGAAAAAAAUGAAUACAUUGAUGAAAUCCAGCUUGUAGAACAAGUGUGCGUAGAUAAAGAGGAAACAACCUGUUGCUGUCGUUCUGGUAAAAAAUAUUGGAAAAAAAUGGAAAAAAUUAUUCAAGAAAAUAAAAAUUUGACAAAAAGUAGGAAAGAAAUGGUAGAAAUUCAAGAAAUGUUAAGUAAUGUGUUAUCUGUACGGUUGGAACCUGGUUUU